CGCGGGCGCCAGGUGUGGAGGACGUGCUCUUUGAUCCUAACAGCAGGCAUUAGAGUCAUGGAAAUUUGAUUAGUUCUCUCCCAUUCCCCUCACACGCUCGUCACGCUGGUAUAAAUGUCCCGGAGGAGCACGACUGAAGACACAGACCUGACGUGGUGUGUGUGUGUGUGUGUGUGUGUGUGUUUGAAGAGCAUUGCUAUGGAUUCACUGGUGUUUCUUCUGCUCUGCACCGUCCAUCCGACCUUCACAGCUGUUUUAGGUAAAAACACAGAAUCCAGAAACCUGUUCACAGAGAGAGCCUGCUGCAGACGCCAAAGUCACAUCAUCUACAUCGGCAAAGAUAUUUCUGGCAGCCCUGUGAAUGUUGAUGUGGGCGUGUGCAGGACGCACUGUGGCCAAUCGGUGCGCUCGGCAUCGCUGGAGGCGGGGCUAAGAGCCUCCAAGUACUCCUCAAUGCUCGAAUUCCUGAGACACAAAAAGAUGAGGCGUCUGGAUCAGUCCUCGGGAGCGUCAGACUCCUUCGCCGGCUCCCCGUCCUGCGGCCUGAGCUCCACCUGUGAGCCGGCCGGGGUUCGAGUGGACCGCGUGAUGCUGUACGAAGGUCUGCGGGAGGUCGAGGUCAUCGAGGACUGCCACUGCGAGGCCAAAACGAGCCAGUGUGUCCGGGCGCCGUCGCUGAAGACGUUCUACUCUGAGACUCCGUACGAGACUGUCGUAGACGCGGGCAAAUGCGUCGGAUCCAAAGGGGCACCGGAGGGUUUUUCGUGCGUGCCGACUAAGUUUGAUUCCACCUUCAUUGAAACUCCAAACAAAGUAGAGCUGAUCCAAACGGUGGCCCAGUGCAAACUAAUGGAGGGAUGUUACCGAAUCCCGUACGUAGAGUAUCACUACGAGAUCACGUACAACGACGACGGAGUCAAAGCAGAAAGUCUGAGGGAAAUAGAUGUCGGCAGAUGUUUGGGAAGCUGCACCUCGGGGAGCCGCUGUCUUCUCAGGAGCGCGUCCGAUCUCGGUGAAUGUCUGCUGUGGGCCGAAGGACAGAGCAACGCUUGUGUUCCUCAAGACUACGAAAGCCACACUUUCCUCAGCCAGCACGAGCACAUCCGCACCGUCCUGGCCAUCACUUCCUGUCUGUGCCAGGCUUAACCGCGGCGUCUUCUACCGGACGACCUUAGCAACUACAGACGAGUUCCUCUCGCGGAUCAUUCGCCGUUAUGUAAUAUAUGUAAAUUAUGUAAAAAGUAUUUUGUAAAUAAAAUCUAUGCCAGAAAGUUGCCUUUGGACUAAGCGGCAAAUCUGCACAAAACAGCAGAAGAAACUGCACAUGCAAAUCAUUUCUCAGUUUUCAAUCACGUUACAAAUCAACCAAUAAUUAAAGCGUUAGCGGGAAACGCAAAGGACAAAGAGGUGUCGCGUAUGCAAAACAGCCUACGAAAUACAUGAGUAUAAUAGGAAACCUGCAUAAUUAGAAUUAUAAAUGCAUGCAUUAGACUAACUUGUGCAUUGCGAUAUGCAACGUAUUUAAAGAGACAAUAUAUAGGUCUAAUUAUAUGCAACGUACAAGCUAAUAUUUACAUUUAA